AUGGAUCAGUCCCCCGUACAAGAUGAGAAUAGCAAAAUGGAUGCAACACCUUUGCCAGUCAGUUUAAAUCCUGAAGUAAUAGAAUCCAGAAAUUUAGCACCUGAAAUUGACUUACCUCAAAUAUUUCAAAAGAUUGUCCAGGAAAGGGGGAAUUUUAGAGAUUUAGAUGAAAGUGAAUUAGAGAAGCAAUUAGAGGACGAGCAAGAUUUUACGAAAACAUUGCCCGGAAGACAAGAUCCUUACUAUGGUUUUACAAUUCUUCCAACCCAGCAAGAAGCCAAUGACGUUUCCUCGGGGUCUACGAAUAUUCAUGAUUAUAAAAGAGAACUCAUAGAUCACAUUUUAAUUGCUCAAAACGAAUGUUCGUUAGCACUUGAUAUGACUUCUUUACUUCUCUCAAAGUAUAAACAGUUUAGUUCAGAUACAAUUUCUCCUUUCCUAAAGUCCACUGUCCCUCCUGGAUCACUUGGACUGGAGCGCUGCCAUCCUCCUGAAAUAAAAGAGUCCGAUAAUAUUCUGGCAACUUGUUGGAAAAGAAAGUCGUUAAAUUCUUCGAAGAAUCUUCUUUCUGAUGCCAAGGAGAGACUAUCAAAAGUCGUUGAUUCUGAGCGUGAAUACUUUCAGAGCUUGUCUAAUGUUAGGGAUUCAUCGUGGCCUCUUGUAUUGAGCAACAAGAGGGGUAAUUAUGAUGUUUCAAUACAAUACAGUGCUCUUGGUGGAACUUCUUUAGGUCUUGGAUUGAUCCGGAAGGAUCAAGCAAAACAAAGCUAUAACUUUGAGACUGGACUUGCGCAUGAAAAAGCAAGGUUGCGUGUUGAUCUAAUAUCAAGUAGUGAAAAGGUUAUUUCUUCUUCAAAAUGGGAUUGGAAUUGGGGAAUAGAAGAAGACCCACUGUUAGUGAAAAUACAGAGUGCUCAACAAGUUUUACUAGAAAUGGAUGUUUGGAAUGCACUGUUACAAGAAGCACAAAUUUGUGAAAAUCAAGGCGUUGUAUUUACUGGAGAUACUAUUUAUCUAUCCUGCGCUUCGGAAUUCUCUUUGCGAAUUUCUCUUGAUACCAGUGCAGAAGAAAGUGGGAACAGCUCCGAGGACAUGUCGGAUGUGGAACAACAAGAGGAGUAUGAUGAAGAAACCAAAGCACUCCUACAAAGAUGCUGCAACUCUGUCAACGCGAUUAUACACAUUUUAUUCUUACAGUAUUGCAGAAAUCCUACCAGGAAACUACAACAAGCUGAGUUAGCAAUGGUUAUUGACCCCUCAGCCCCUCAGAUCAUUCGUCCUCUCAUUUUUUACUACGCAAUUCAUGAGGAAACCCGUCAAUUUCAAAAGUGGUUACAAAACGAGGGCAUAAAAUUCGAAUAUAUACCUUCUUACCCUUGGGAGACGGCAAAAGAUUUUAUCGCUUUUGAAUCUUCUUUACUAACGAAUCGUCUCAAUUUGCAAUGGUAUCUUGAUCUUGGUUUUUCUUUAAAUGCUGAUAUUCAGCAUAAUCCAACGAUGCACGGAACCGAAAAAACAGUGUGGAAGUAUAAAGAUGCCUAUAAUUAUUACAAAUUCUCCUCCGUAAAAACCUUGUGUCAGUAUAUUGAACAUGUACGGAAUCAAAAGGGAAAAAAUGACGUCCAAACUAAUGAAGGUUAA